AUGGGCAACAGUGUUCAUGAACCAAUGAAAACAGCAAGUAAAGGAAAGGAAAGCUGUGGGAAAUCUACAGAAGAGAGCCCGGGAUCCAUGAUGCUUACAGUAAUUGCUCUUAAUUUGCUGUUUUUACUAUGUUACAUUCCAGAGCCAAACAGUGCUUACGGUCCAUGUGAUAAUUAUAAGAAGCUGGGUGAAGCAAAUCGAGCUGCAGGUUACGGCAUUGACACGGGGAUGUCAGACAGGAACAACGACUGGAAAAAGGAAUGGUAUCGAUUUACGGGUGACGCAGGAGAAAAAAUGGCCGACAUAAAGACCACAGGAAAAUUUUUGGAGCCGCCAUCGUGCGGUGCAUCAUACCCAGGCUUCCUGCGCACGUCCCAUCCUGACGGUCUGAGCUCAGGAGAAUUUGUUAAAGGAACAGUAUGCUUUGCACAAAAUGGCGGCUGUUAUAAGAUGCAAACGAUCAAGAUUAUGAAAUGUCAAGGAUUUUGGAUAUAUGAGUUGCCUCGACCAGGCAUCAAAAGAGCAAGAUAUUGUGGAAAUAAAGUUCUGAAGCCUACUGAGAAACCAUGCGACGAAAAAAAGUUAUUAUAUGGCCUGAACAAGAAAAACGCUGCUAAGUCCUGUCAAGAUCUUAAAAAGAAACAGAAGAACACAGAAUCUGGAAUAUAUUGGAUUAAACCUGAUGGUGCAAAUGCUUUCCAGGCCUAUUGCGAUCAGGAAACAGACGAUGGAGGUUGGACACUAGUAUACAGCUAUACAUUUACGAACUAUAGGAACUUUAGGGCAGCAUCUAACGCCGUCACGCCACGUCCUAACUGGUACGCUCCAGGUGCUAACGUGCCCGUGUCCACCGCCGCCCCCGUCAGUGAAACAGACUACAACGCCAUGGAGUUCAGCCUGUGGAAGACACUUGGCCGUGAGUUCAUGAUAAAGUCUAACAUCAAUGACUGGAUCGUUUGUACAUGUACAGAAAGCAGCGGAAGUCUGGUGGAUAUGCGCGAAGGAUAUCUACAGUGUCGCAAUAUUAAGAACGUCGCAUCAAGGUGUGAAGGCCUGGUUCCCGACCGUCUCAUCGAGUUUACUGCUGGAAACCCUAACGGCAAGACUGUGGGCCCUGAUCUCAUUCGUUCCUCAAGUAAUACUAAUCUUAAAGAAUAUUACUAUUUCGAUGGAAACACUGGCACUAAUUGGCCAACUCAUGAUCCAUGCGGAACCAACAACCUGAAUCAGCUCACCAAUGUCGCUAAUCCUCAUGGGAACAUCUACAUCCGAGAGUGAGGAGGAGGAAUGACUUUCACUUUAAAAGUGGCCUAAUGUCUCUUAGGGAAAAAAUAUUA